AGCAAGCAACAAGAAGGAAGAGCAAUGGCGACAUUGGAUCGCCAACUACCAAGUCUGGAUACGUUCCUGUGCAAACCGUGGUCUAUCUUUACCGACGCAGCUGAAUCACUUUACACCGACAGCGCACUCAUUGCUGAAAAUCAAGGGAAACAUUUUUUGAACAGAAAGGAAGUGAUGAAACUGAACAGAGAAGAUAUGCACUUGUUUGGCCAGUUUCCCACUCAUGACGAAUUCUUGCUCGUCGUAUGCAAUGUCUGCGAACAAGUCAUCAAACCUCAGGGGUUCCUGACGCAUAACGAGAGGAGGCACGGCUCUCCCGGUGGCUCCAGGGCCCCUCUGGUUCCCAUGAAGCCCAAAGAGUCAGUGAGCCACAGUGGGGUGGAGGCGCUGCCCUUCCGUGUGCCCCGCGACUACCCCCACUCGCGCUUCAGCAAGGCCCCACUCGCCGUGUACCCCCCCAAAGGAGCCCGCGCCAAGGCCUGUGUGUCCAUGCCAGUGGUGAGUUUGGAGAAGAUGCCCUGCUUUGGACGGGCAGAGGGCAGUCACGUCAAAGUCUCCUCUGGCUCUUCAGCCCCCAGCACCUCUUCUUUCCCCUACUCCUCUUCCUCCUCCUCCUCCUCCUCCUCCUCCUCCUCUCAGUCGCCGGCCGCCUCCCUCAAGUCCUCCUCGCUAGCCUUCCACAAGCCUCAGGAGAAGUUUGUGAACGGUCGGGGCCCGGCGACGCCGCGCUCGGUCACGCCACCUUCGGCGCAAGACGGCCUUCGGCGCAGCCCCUCGCGCUCCCCGCUGGACAAGCGUCCCACCCCCUCCCCCUCCGCCUCUCAGGACAGGAGGCCUAGUGCGUCUCCCUCUCCGUCCUCAUUGGACAGAAGGCCCAGCGCCUCGCCUUCCCUGUCCUCAUUGGACAGGAGGCCCAGUGCCCCGCCCUCUCCCUUGGAAAAGAAGCACCAAAAUGGGACGAAAGGCAGCCGGCACAAGAGAGUGUCAGGGAGGAUCUUUGAUCCUAAUAAGCACUGUGGAGUCCUGGAUCCAGAAACCAAAAGGGCUUGCACCCGGUCUCUCACUUGCAAGACUCACUCCCUGACCCAUCGCCGCGCUGUACCCGGGAGGAAGAAAGACUUUGACGUCCUCCUGGCCGAGCACAAAGGGCGAGCAAAGGAGAAGGAUGGCGGGCACAAACGGGAGAGUCAGACUGGCAGCCAGCUCAACCAAUCGCACGACACUACGCCAAGCGGGCCGGCCCACUGCCCCAAUGACAAAACCACUUCCACUUUGCGGCUACGCCUGGCUAACACACACAUGCACAGGUCUGUGGGCAGCGGGGGCGCGGUGAUGCUGAGCUCCUCUGCGGUGCCCGCCCCUGACCCUGCGCCCAGCUGGCAGAGGGCAGCUGCGGAAAGUCGCCUGUCCAGCGACGAGGGCGAGACGGAGGCGUCCGAGGACCCCGAGAAACCAACCUGCCAUUACUCUCCGCGCCAUCCACACCCAAUGAGUUGCUGUGCCUUCAACAGCAGGCUGAUGGGGAGAGGUCAUUAUGUCUUCGAUCGGCGUUGGGACAAGAUCCGGCUGGUGUUGCACUCCAUGGUGGAGAAGCAUGUGAAUUCUCAGAUGUGGAAGAAGGUACCCUUGGCAGCAGAGAGUUUGGCAAGUAACUCCCCUAGCCCUUCAGACUCUUCCUCCUCCAGUUCGGGUGUGCUCUUCUCUCCCCUGUUUGCCUCUCCUGCUGCCCCUCCGUCUCUGGAUGGGGUCUCCGUCGUCUCGUACUCCACAGCCUUCCCCCACAACGGAGGCGGAAUCUUCUGCAUCAGGGACCCCGACCCGCCGACUCCAGCGUCCUCUUCCUCCUUUGCCAAACCGCCUCGGACUAAACCUGCCAAGUCCCCCAGGGCUCAGAGCGAGGGGCCUGGCGCCAAGAGGCGCAAGCCCUCCGAGGGGAGCUCCCACCGGAAGAACGGAAACGGCUACCACCCGCCUGCCUCUCCUCUACCGCCCCCUUCAGGGCCUGCCAUAAUCAGCAACGGCACAGCCACGCUCUGCAUCAAGAGCAAGUCCCCCAGUCGGAUUGGGCAGGGGCUCAAAGACGCGGGAAGGUACGCAAGUGGCGGGCAGGUGGGUGCGGGCAGCUCGCUCCAGGGCGACCACGCGCUCACCACGCACGGCCCCACACCGUUCAGCGCCAUGGCGAUGGACGGCAGGAAGCGCAAGAGCUCUGGCUUGGGGGAGAAGUCGGGGAAGGUGACCAAGACAGCGGGGCUGGACAGCAUCUUCAGGAAGAGCAGCUUGAGCCUCCUGGCCCCUCUCCCCGAGUCGCCACACAACCCUCACCUGCGGCAGCCCAAGGUGCACCACUGACUUAAUGGAUUAUCAAACUAAGGAGAAGGGACCGAUGCUCAGCACAAACAGACUGUUAACUCUACAUCCUCCAAGCCCUUCUUCCUCCGCCUGUGUUGCAGGGCUGACUGGAAUUGUAACUGAUAGACCAGAGCAGUGAAAUCUAGCUGUGUGCCCAUUGUCUAUCGGAGAGACCUCUGAGCUGUGGUUGUUGUUGGUGGUGGAACCCUGUGUGUGUGUGUGUGUGUGUGUGUGUGUGUG